ACUCAUCACUGGUUGUGCGGAGACGUCCAUCCAAUCCAUCCAUUCAUCCAAACGCUCGUCAAUUAGACUUUGUUUGCAAUUGAGUCCCAAAUUGAAUGUCAAUAUUUGUGUGAAUAAUCAGUAAUAAGAGGAAAGAGAGACAUGUCUUGGGCCGCACUCUCAGUACAACCGAUGCCAUCACUCAACGCAUCCCAGAGUCUAGCGAUGAGUGAAGACAAUCGGAAACAAUGCGUUACGCAACUGUUGGAAGAGUUGGAGCGCUUCGUCGACGACGACAACUGCGACCACAAGAGUUGCAAUCAAUUGAUCCAAAGUGUCUGCCAUUGCAUCAAAUCGGAGGCCAAUCGUCUGGAAGCGGACGAGUCGUUUGCCCAACAAAUGGACGUCUAUUUCAAUCUUUUGCGGAAUGUGUUGAGGAAUAGUCAACUGAAGCCCAUUUCACGCGCUCUUCUUCUGGAAGUGAUUGAGUUGAGAGCCGCCAACUGGACAGACGUCGACCACAUAGACAAGUAUUACAGCAAAAAGUUGCCAGAAUUGAGAGCCAAUGACUUAAUGGACACGAAAAGCAUUUCCUCUUUCGAUUCCAACGAGAGCUCCAAGUGUUCAGUGAAGGCGUCAAAAGUGGCCGCAAAGGUGUCUUUGAAACAAGAGGUGGUCAUCAGAAAUGGUGACUCAGGAAAAGUGAUGGGAAUUAAAGGCAGAAGAGUUCAUAUGAUAGAAGAGAUGAGCCAAACAGUGAUAUCUUUUCAAAGAGUGCCUCCCGGAGCUAAAGAGCGAAUGGUUCAGAUCAUUGGUCCGACCGAAGAGAACAUUGAACGCGCAAAACGUCUUAUUGAAGACACUAUCAGACGAAACACUUCUCCCGUGCCUUUCGAUUCACACGACAAACCUAUUAAUGAUUUGAAUCUCAAUGAGAAGACAGUCGUAAACAAUGAAAAGAUGGCCAUUAAUGCCAAAAGUGAUGCCAUAAUUGAUGAUCAAAUGGGAUUCACUUUCACAGUCACAGUCGAUAAUGAAGUGCUUAAGUUGUCGACCAAUAGCUAUAGAGUUGGCAUCAAAGCUAAGCAGUUGUUGGAAGAAAAGUUUGCCAUCAAAUAUGAUUCAGAGUCUCAGACAUGUUGUGGAGAUGAGCCUAAAGAAGUGAGUGACACCACAACUGAUCCACAACUGUAUGACAAGGAGUUGAUGAGACAACAAAGACUCAAAUUGGAGGCAAUAAACUGGGAAACAAUUGAACCGAUAUCUGAGUUGAAGGAUACGCCAUCCGUGGCAACGGUUCCCAUUGGGAGAACUUCAUUGCGAUUCAUGUCUAACCAGAAGUCUAAGUCAAAGGAUGAGAAGAUUACAUACGAUCGACAGUUUCUAUUGAAUUGCGCGGAAUUGCCGUUAAGUAACGUAUUGUCUGGAGAAGAGGUGAUGAAACUGAAGGUCAAAAUACCAGAGAUUUUCCGCAAUAUAACAAACCAUUAG